AAAAAUUUAAAUAAUUUUAUGUAGAAUAUUUAUUAAUUUAUUACAAGAAAACUAAUAGACAGAAUGUCUUUUCCAAAUAAAGAAGAUCGUACAAAAUGUUGGAAUCAUAGAGAUGAAUAUUGGAAGUGUCUUGAUGAUGGUAAAACAGAAAUAGAUUGUAAGAAAUUUAGAGAUCAAUAUGAAAAAUUCUGUCCUGCACUAUGGGUAAAACACUUUGAUCGUAAGAGAGAGUACUUGAAAUUCAAAGAGCAGCUAGAGCAAGGGGGGACAUGCAGCCUUGAUGGAAACAAAACAGAUGCAACUGCACAAACUUCAAAAGCAGUUUUUAAUUUUCAAACAACAAAUACAAAUUCAUAUGAAUAGGGAACAAAUAUAUAUGUAUAAUAUAUAUAAUUAUUAAAUUGAAUCUUCUUUUUCUGUAUUAUAAUAACAAAAUGUGUACAAAAAAUAUGGAAUUGAAUUAUGUAAUCAAAGAGUUGAAAACAUGUACAGAAGAUAUUACUAU